AUGCGCGCCCCCAGUGUCCACUUGAUCGUGCAGCCGCCGUCGCGUGCCGAGUCGCUCCUCGAUUGGCUCGGUCUCGCGUACCUCCUCUUCUCGCUCGUCCUCAGUGUUUAUUGUGUCUUGCUCUUUGGCCCAUACACGUCCAACCGCUUUUUCUGGCCCGACUUUGACACCGAUUCCAACGUAACGCACGCACUUGGCUGGCGCUUCAACAUGGAGCUCGGUGUCACUUCGGCGCUGCUCCCAGCACCGUUUUCACUCAGCACCGCCGCUGUCCGUCGUACGACAUCCGAGGACGUCAUUUGCGCCAUCUACCCCCGACUAGUGCUGCAUACCGAUUUAGCAACGAUCGAAGCCGGCAUUGCGGGCCUCCGCCGUCUCUCGAACGUCCUUGUCAUGUACCUUCCAACGUCCUAUUGCUUUGUCGACUUGGCGCGGCGAUGGUCGCUUGCGCACACAGCCGCGCGGGACAGACGCUGCCGCGCGCUCUAUGCAGCCAACGGCGCGGUGGUUUUUGAAACCACCUUGCGGAAUGUGGACCUACCCUCGUGGCUCCAGCAGCACAGUGCAUUGGCCAUGGAGCGGAUUGGGUAUGGCGUUGCGUCGCUACCUGGUGGCACCGAAUGGCUUAAUACCAUGGACAAUCACUCGGUCGUAUCGAUGCCGAUCGAAGCAGCGAUCUGGCGCACGGCAGGCCUUGCCUACUAUGACGUGAGCUACUCGAACCGGGUCGUCCACGGUCUCGACGAAGCCAUUGCGAUCACCAACGCACUCGGCUACGAAACGCAGUUUAGUAUCAAGGCGCUUACCCAGUUCAUACCGCGCGGUGCGUGGACGACUUCGUACCUGCAAUCUGUCCUUGGGUACGAUUUAGCCGCGCUCCAGACCAACCAAAGCCUCGUUCGAUCCUCGGCCCUGUUUUUCGGCCAUACAAUGCCCAAUCAAAUCGAAGCGUACGUACUCGGGUACCCGCUCAAUGCGCUGCAGAUGGCCGUGCACACGUACCUUGGACCGUUGGCGUCCGUCGACCAGCGAUGGGUGCCACCGCCGAUGCGUCUCGUCGAUGCUGUGCAGCGUCUCGCUGGGACCAUCGCUGCAGCGCUGAGUCAAGAUACGACAUUGCUCGCUGCCUACGAAGCGAUUCCGCGGCUGCUGCUGACCCCGACCCCAACAACGUGGGCCGACCUGUUGUUUUACAGCGGUAGCCCUCUCUGCUUGUACGGAUCACCGGGGCCGUUUGCUCUCGAAAGCUUCCGCUUCGACGACGCCUGUGACGUGCAACGACCCUUACAGAUACAGCUCGCGCCGCUCUCGAGCCUCUUUGCGAUGGCGGUUCUCAAUGGAACUGUGGAGGAUGGGGCGUGCUUGUUGUGCCCCCCGCCGCAACGCGCCGACUGCCGACGCCACUUACAGGCCGUUCAGCUACUUUAUACACGUCUGCAGGCGCGUGCGCUGAUCCGCGUUGAGAGCAAUGUCGUGUCGGACGCGGACGAUGUCUCCAUCCUGCAGAUGGUCGCCAACGCAUCGACUCCAAAUGACAUUCAAAUGGCCACCGCCGCCGUCCUGGAGGGUCCGUGGACUUUCUUUGGGCUUGGCAGUUUAGUUGACUGGGCUACGAUCUCACGAGAAGUCGUCGUAUUUGAAGGUGACGUCGCAACACUGCGUCUUCUGUCGGCCAUGUCUAUGCCGGUGAGUCAAGACCUGCCAAAGCGCGACGGCAUGGGCAGCUCGGCCAUCUAUCUGUGGUAUGCGUCGGCCUUGGUGUCACUGGGCCUCGUCCUUGUCGCAUGUCUUCUAGUGUGUAUCAAGAUACAUCGGCCGCACUUGGCGUCGCGGUGGUGGCUCUUCUCACCGAUUGUUGGUCCCGUGUGGGUUGGCCGAAGUCUCCUCCUCGUGCGCAGCGGCACGGCGCUCAUCUGCUUGGCCACCGCACCUUUGGAUGCAAACGUUCAGACGACGCUCCUUCAGCUGGGCUUCCAACCCGCAUUCUCGCUCUUCUCGCAGUGCACGCAGGCAUUGGGGGCACCCCCAUCACUGCAUUUCUCGGCCGCCGCCGUCCAUUGCCUGCCGGCGCGUACGCUGUGCUCGGGGGCCCCACUAAGUGCCGUCACAGCGGGCAUGUGCGGGCUCUUUCAGUACGCGUGGCACACCCGCCAUUAUCUGUUCAAUAGCAAACUCUGGCACCACCUACCGUCGCCGCAGACAACAGUGCCAUUUGCCGUGCCCGAUGACAUAUCGUCCAAAGUGCUGUCGAUGGGGGUGCUACCGCCCCCGCCGCGCACGACGGUCGUGCGGCACUGGCUCGGCGUUGGCGUCGGCUUGACGUACCUUGUGCUGACGCUGCUUGGCAACGUCACGUACCUCUCGAUCGUGCUAGAGAGCUUAGCCAACGAUUUUAUGUGGGCGGGCUUCAACAGCUCGGGCGUGUACCCGUUUUUGGCCAAUCAACUCAACCAAAUCCUCGACACGACCAACGACAGUCUGGUUGCACUUGCCGACGGCACGUACGCCGACACGACACAGGCGUACGACGUACCGGAUGCGAGCAUCCUGUUUCCGCCCACGUCGGCCCGACGUUGGCUCUACGCACCGUCGCAGGCCUUGGAGGACAUUGUCACGCUACGCCUGAAUGCGUGGGAGUUGGCACCAGCGCUGGGUCGUUGGGAGUGA